AUAAUCAUCUUCAUCGAGAGAAAAAUUGUACUCUCAGCUUCUCACAAGUACGUGUGCAAAUAAAAUUUAAUUAUCUCUUAAUUAUAAAAAAAAAAUUAUGUCACAAGUAUGGAUGUGGUUGUGCGGUUGUGGGCUCCGUGACCACGAUAGUCUUUAACGUUCCCACUGACCAAUGCUAACGGGAAGCUUGUUGAGAAGCCUCUGAAAGUACAAAAGUGACACGAAGAUUUUUUUCUUGCUUUCUUCAUUCGAUUUCAAGUCAGCAUUUUUGCUUCUUAAAAUUUAGUACAAUCGGUAUAAUUAGUAAAACGAAAAAUGGAGAACGUGAAGGACUUGGAGAAGGAAUUCUCACCAAGUGCUUGGAGCAGGAGAUUCGAAAAGGAUCAGGAAUUACUGGACAAUCACAAGAAAGUUGUAAAGGAUGGAACUACACAGGCCAGGGAGUUGCUGAAGUGUGAACUGGACGUUCCUUAUGGGCCAGGAAGAAGGUCAAAGUUGGAUAUUUAUGGCACAGAUCAGCCAUCUGAUGCUCCGAUCUUUGUGAUCUUCCAUGGUGGCUACUGGCAACUUGAGGAGUACACCAAGGAGGUGGGUAGCUAUGGGACCCUCCCAUUUGUUCGUGCUGGUUGCCGGGUAAUAGCGGCUGAUUAUGAAAUGUGCCCCGAAGUGACCUUAACUGAACUUGUGGAGUUGGCACAUAAAUGUUUCACAUACAUCCUCAACUAUGCUGCACGAAUUGGUGCUUCAUCUGUGACCUUUCUCGGCCAUUCAGCUGGUGCUCAUCUUGUUGUAGCCCAAUUCCAGGAAGCACAAUUCUCUCGUCUUCCCCAUCAGCAUCUCAUACAGGAUGUUUAUCUCUUGAGUGGAGUGUACGAUCUCCGGGAAUUGCGUCACACAAAAGCUGCCAACAAUGGGAAUAUCCUUUCCAUCACAGAUGACAAUGUUGUUACUCUCUCUCCAGCUCUAUCUGGCUACGGGCAUUUAGCUGGAACUUCCACACAUUUCUCGGUUGUUGUGACUGAGAAUGAAUCUCAAUCCUACAAGAAAAUGUCUGAAGACAUGAAGGAUGCCCUUGCCAAGGGAACGGAUAACGUGAAAUUAAUUCUUCUUCCGAAUCGAGAUCAUUUUGAUAUUGUUGAACAACUAAAUGACAAAGAUGCGGAACUCACAAAAAUCCUCAUUGAAGAUCUGACCAAAUCUGGCUAAAGAAUAAAAAUCCAGGAUGUGUGCUGACUAGUUUAAUAUACAUUUACAUAAAUUAAUUUUGGAAAAUAGCACCGAGAAUCAUUCAAUGAAAUAAAUUUUUAAAUCGC